GUUCAAGACAAGACAUACUUUAACAUUAAUGAAGGAAAAACGAAGAGUAUAAAUAUAGCUUAGUCAAUCCUGCCAUACGGCUCAAACUGAAACUCAAAAGCAAAUUCACUUGCAAAUUCUCUUCUUUUUCAUUGUUCUUAGCUAUGCUUUCAUUGUUAUCUCCUUCAUCACCUGCUGGAAAAUGGCUAGGAUUUGUUACUGCUAUAUGGGUGCAGGCAAUAUGUGGUAACAAUUACACAUUUUCCAACUAUUCUGAUGCUCUAAAAUCGCUCAUGGCUCUCACUCAACUGGAGCUCAAUAAUCUUUCCGUUGCUAAAGAUGUUGGCAAGGCAUUUGGCCUCAUCUCUGGCCUUGCUUCGGAUCGGUGGUCAACUUCAGCGUUACUUAUCAUAGGAUCACUUGAAGGACUUAUAGGAUAUGGUGUUCAAUGGCUCGUUGUCAGCCAGCGAAUUCGUCCUCUACCGUACUGGCAGAUGUGUAUAUUUCUGUGCAUGGGAGGCAAUAGCACAACAUGGAUGAACACGGCAGUAUUAGUGACUUGUAUGCGAAACUUCCCUAAAAAUCGUGGUCCAGUCUCUGGAAUCCUCAAGGGUUAUGUAGGACUCAGCACAGCAAUCUUCACUGAUAUUUGCACUGCUCUUUUCUCUUCCAACCCCUCUACAUUUCUGCUUAUUCUUGCCAUUGUUCCAGCCAUCGUUUGCCUUACUGCUAUUCUCUUCCUCCGGGAAACCACACCUGCUGCAGAUCCAGCAGAAAGAAAACAAGAAACUCGAUUUUUCAAUGUUUUUAAUGUCAUUGCCAUUGUAGUAGCUGUUUAUCUCUUGGCAUUUGACAUCACUGGAAAUCAUGGCCAUAUUCUUUCUCUGGCAUUUGCAGUAGGACUCGUACUCCUACUUGCUACCCCAUUACUUGUUCCUUUAUACUCGGCUUUGUUCAGGGUGAAAUCCAAUUCAGAUAUUGAACAGGUUAAGGAACCAUUACUUGUUGGUCGAAAAGAUUCACCAGCCAAGCAAGAGCCGGCAGAGAUAAUGAAUGUCGGGAUAAAGCAACGGCCAUUGAUUGGGGAGGAUCACACAAUUCUUGAAAUGAUACAAACAUAUGACUUCUGGAUUCUGUUCUUAUCAUUUCUUUGUGGUGUGGGAACUGGGAUGUGUGUGAUGAACAACAUGGGCCAGAUGGGGCUGGCUCUUGGAUAUGUUGAUUCAUCCAUUUUUGUGUCACUCACUAGCAUUUGGGGAUUUUUUGGACGCAUUUUAUCAGGCCUAGUAUCAGAAUAUUACCUCUGGAAAUUUGGGACCCCAAGGCCUCUGUGGAAUGCAGCUUCACAAAUUGUAAUGUGUCUUGGAUUUGUGGUGAUGACACUUGCCUUGCCUGGAUCACUUUACAUUGGUUCAAUAUUGGUUGGCAUAUGCUAUGGAGUUCGUCUGACAAUUACUGUCCCAGUAGCCUCAGAAUUAUUUGGUCUGAAAUAUUAUGGUUUGUUGUACAAUAUUCUCAUCCUCAAUCUUCCUUUGGGUUCCUUCCUUUUCUCUGGCCUGCUUGCUGGUUAUAUUUAUGAUGCUCAAGCAACUAGUUCAGCUGGAGGUGGCAAUGUUUGUGUUGGUCCUCAUUGUUAUUUCCUCAUCUUUCUUAUCAUGGCCCUUGCCUGUGUCCUUGGAUUUGGACUGGAUGUGCUAUUGGGGUUUAGAACAAGGAAAGUUUAUGCCAAGAUUUGUGAAGACAAGAAGUCUAGUAGGUCCAUAGUUGCCUGA